AUGCCAAAAUUGAACAAGAAACAGAAGCAGCGGCUUCAGGCGCAAGAAGAAGAGCUAAGUCUCAAGACGGAACAGGAAGCGAAAGUGCAAGAGACACGUCAUUACGACUCAGCAAGCGACUCAGAUUCAUCACAAACGGUCAACGUUGCGCUCAUAGGCGUUCUGAACCUUGAUAGAUUUGCGUCACCAGCAACCACCAAGCUUCGAAGGAAGAUGUGGCUAUCUUUGACCGCUCAUGUCGAACUUAGCAAGUUACUAGAGGCUGCAAAGAGCUCGAGCGAUCAUCAUUUCGAUACAUGGUCAAUCCCAAAGACCUUGGAGAGGACGUAUAAAAUGGCACAGGACGAAUGGGAGAAAGCAAUCGAGCACCAAUACCAAACCUGGCACAGCGACAUCACCAACAAGCUCAGUGCAGAGAUUGACGCGCAUUCCUUCUCCAUCCGGCAAUGGCAGAUAACCGAGAAACAUGGAAACAUGCCAAAGUCAGAAACACUGCCUUUGAUAGUGCAGGCUGAGACAACUACCGCCAACCUCAGAAAGCUACUGGUCAUACUGAGGGACUUCAAGAACCAGAUGAAAGGAGAAUACAUUGACGCACAUCAGCAUGCUGAUGCCAUUGAUUUGGCGUAUACCAACUCCAUGAUCCAGCGCUUGAUAAAGCCGUACCAGUCACCCCAGGUCCACAAAACAUGGUACAAAGGCCCCGACGGCCGCGAUGUCGAUGCGCCAGAGAGGUUUGACAAAGAUGCCAGUGACUACUAUGGCGGCAGCAACUUCACUGAAAAUAUCCGCUUAUGGCUUCACGUCUGGUGCCCUAUCGCGUGGCAACGCACAGGUGUACACCCGUGGCCACAUGACACCGGGGCUAUCCACCUAGUGCACUACAACACGGGCGACCAUGCUUGUGACUAUCUUUUCGGCAAAACAGAAAGUACACGCGGCCACUUGAUGGACCCAUCAAACGGCCUCUUUCUUGGCUUCGAGUUCAAGCGUAUGCUCAACACAGCUCAGAUCAUCAUCGUUCCUGCUCGUGUGGGUGACACCGACCCCGAGACCGGCAAGACAGUACAAGAAACCGACAAAGACCCGUAUAAGAUACGAGUGCUGGACCCAAAAGUGAGGAAUGGGGUUGGCGACUUGACACACCGAACUUGGCCUCUUGCCCCUGCACAGCUCGAUGGCAGGAUUCUGCAGUUUGCAAACAACAACCGGCCAAAGAAGAUGUAUUUGUGGUAUCGCGCCGUUUUGAACAUCGCAGUGCGACAUAGACUCCAGGCGCCAGGCUGGGAGGCAGACAUAGAAGCCCUAGGAAAGAACUCAUGGUGCGCACCCGGUGAAUCGCUCCGACGAUCCACCAUGCACGCGAUUCUGAAGCACGUUGGCUUCAUCGAUGACCCCGAGCCUAUCUUCGCGCUAGGACCUACGUUGAAGGGCCCCUCCGACGAAAGUACAAACGAUAGAUCCAUCGCCGAUCGAGUGGCCAUGGUACUCGAUACGACGCAUACAAGCUGGCUUAAAUCCCGUCGCAGCGCUUUCGCGACCAUGCAUGCAGGGAAAGAGGUGGAGAUUGAUUGGGAAGACGAGGCGCAGGAGCAGCACCAUAAAUUUGCGUCGCGCGAGUUGUGUUUAGACGCGGGUUUUGUGUGA